AUGAGCAUCCUGUCGCGGACUUCGCAAAAGGGCAAAGCAAAGGAUAAGGAAGCGAAGAAACCUAGUCCUGAGGAUGAGGAGGCCUUGGCUAAGAUCUACGAGGGUUUCGACUUUGAAGAGUUGUGGAAGAAGCUGAGCGAAGCGCUUGACAGGCUCAAAGGGGACGCUGGAGCUGCGCAGGUGCUUUUGCCGCUGAUAGAGAGUCUGAUGGUGAUUUCGAAACAUGUGGCCACGCCCGAGUCUGCCGCAGUGGUGGAAGCGAGAGCAGCAGCGGGAUCAGCGGCGGUCUCAGCUCGAGGGUCUGUGUCUCCUACCUUGGAGCGACCCUCGGCCCUCUCUCGCACAAAGCGAGAAGUGCUGCGGGACAACUUCUUCUCCUUCACCGAGAGGCAUCGCAAGAUCCUCAAUGUCAUGGUGCGGCAGAACCCUACCCUGAUGUCGGGAAGCUUCUCGUUGCUCGUCAAUAAUCCCAAGGUGCUGGAUUUCGACAACAAGAGGAAUUACUUCUCUCAGCAGUUGCAGAAGGGUAGGAGGGAGCACAUGACGCCUUUGAGCUUAAGUGUGCGCAGACAGUACGUUUUUGAGGACAGCUUCUGGUUCUUUAGACGACAUUCUGGAACCGAGAUCAAGCAUGGCAAGCUUAACGUGCGCUUCUACAACGAGGAAGGCAUCGAUGCGGGUGGUGUUACCAGAGAAUGGUUCCAAGUGCUUGCCAGGGCGAUGUUCAAUCCGGACUAUGCACUCUUUGCCCCUUGCGCGGCUGACCGGACGACGUAUCAGCCAAAUCGCAUGAGCGCAGUCAAUCCGGACCACCUGGCGUUUUUCACUUUCAUAGGCCGAGUCAUUGGUAAAGCCAUCUACGACGGAAGGUUACUGGACGCCUACUUUACUCGAUCGUUCUACAAGCACAUCCUUAACAAGCCAGUGGACUAUCGGGAUUUGGAGAGCGUCGAUCCUGAAUACUACAAAAGUCUGGAAUGGAUGCUAGAGAAUGACAUUACGGAUAUCUUGGACUUGAACUUUUCAGUUGAUGCGGACGAUUUCGGCGAGACGAAGCAGAUCGAAUUGAAGGAGGGAGGUGCAGCUAUUCCCGUGACCGAGGCGAACAAGGUGGAAUACGUGAGACUCGUGACAGAGCAGCGCCUCACGCUGUCCAUUCGCAAGCAGAUUGACGCUUUCUUGCAAGGUUUCAACGAGAUUAUUCCGCCUGAGCUGAUUCGUAUCUUCAGCGAACAAGAGCUGGAGCUCCUCAUUUCGGGUCUUCCAGACAUAGAUGUGGACGCUUGGAAGAACAACACGGACCUUCACGGAUACACGAACAGCGAUGCUGUUAUCCAGUGGUGGUGGCGAGCUGUCAGGUCUUUUGAUCAGACCGAAAAAGCCAAAUUGCUGCAGUUCAUCACUGGUACUAGCAAAGUACCAUUGGAGGGCUUCGCUCACUUGCAAGGUGUCCAGGGCACCCAGAAAUUCAACAUACACAAAGCAUAUGGUGCAGAUAGGUUACCUGCAGCCCACACUUGCUUCAAUCAGCUUGAUCUGCCUCAGUACGAUAGCUACGAAAAGCUCAGAUCUCAGCUGCUUGUCGCCAUGAACGAAGGCGGAGAGGGCUUCGGCUUCGCAUGA